AUGUCAGAGUCGAUUCUGGCACCUUCAAGACGCAUCACCACUCUGCACCAGCACGUUCCUAAACACCCGCUCGGAGUCAAGCCAUUGGGAAACCAGAUUUUUGCAAGUUCUGGAGAUUUGACGAAGAUUAGAGAUUCGGCUGGGAAGCUUUUUAAUGCCCUCCCAGAUGAUAUAGUUUUGUCGGUCUUCUCGCUUUUAAGCAAGGACGACUUGGCAAAUGCAUCUCGGGUCUCGAAGUUUUGGUACGCAUAUGCUACUUUCGACGAACUUUGGAGGAAGAUGUACACCUCAGUGAGCUCAGAGACACGUCAGGAGUUGGGUAUAGAGUUUCUUCAAUGGAAAAGUACGUGGCGGUCCUCGAUACUGAACUCAAAAGAAAAAAAACCAUUGGUGGAUUGUGGCGGGUUGGUCUACUCUGACACUCUUUUCACGCCAUAUUCAAACUCAUGCAUAGAUUAUAAGGAAAUUUUUCGAGAUCUUAUUAGAGAACAAGAAAACCUGAGGGAUAUAGAUGAAAGCACCUUCACAUAUGAAAACUUCGUCAACAACCACUGGACUGAUCACCCUUUCAUACUAGGCUCAAAACAAAAUGAUAGUAACAAGAGAUGGCCGGAAUGGACGACAAAAUACCUACUAGAGCGAUUUCCUGAUGUCAAAUUCAGACAGGAGUCGGUCCUCUGGGAGUUAGCCCUAUAUGAGUCUUAUGCCCUGCAGAAUCAAGAUGAAUCCCCACUUUACUUGUUUGAUUGUCGGUCUGAUGCCAUGAAGGCGCUGUUGCCCACCGGAUACUACGAGGAUCCGCCUAUUUUCGCAAAAUACGACUUAUUCAAAGUGUUUGAAGAAUGUCGUCCUGACCAUUCGUGGUUGAUAGCUGGUCCAGCUAGGUCUGGAUCCACGUUUCAUAAAGAUCCAAACUCAACAGAUGCAUGGAAUGUUGUUCUAGAGGGUUCGAAGUUAUGGAUAAUGUUGCCACCGGAAAUGAAACCUCCAGGAGUUUUUGUUUCUGAUGACGAAAGUGAGGUGAUGUCUCCUGAAGGAUUGGCCGAAUGGGUGAAAAGUGGGUUUUGGAACGAUAGAUUUCGAACGUGCGUGGUUGGAAUCACCUUCAAGAAUGAAUGCAUGUACGUUCCAUCAGGGUGGUGGCACUCAGUCAUAAAUCUCGAGGAUUCGGUGGCGUUCACAGCUAACUUUGUUCCACCGUGUAAGAUUGGACAGGUACUGGAUUUUAUGAAAAAUAAGCCUGCCCAGGUAAGUGGAUUCAGGCAUGAUUUGUUUCAAAAGAAACUAAGAAGUUUCAUGGAAGCACAGGAGAUUGAUGAUAGUGAAAACAAGACGACUUUGGAAAAAUACCUUUCUAUGGAAGAACUGAGAAACAUAGAUGAGGAUGUUGGAGAACUGAAAGGUACCGGUUGCAUGCCUGUCUACGAAGCGUUUGUCGAGCUUUUGCUUGCCAAGGGCAUGGACGAUAUUGUUGCCAAAGGGUUGAGGGAUUUGAAGACAGCGGACAGCAAGCAGGAAAGGUCCCGGGUGUGGAAGAGCUUGACCAAGGAUGCCAAGUCUGACGAGAAGGGGGGGUUUAGCUUUGGUUUUGACUUUGACGAUGAGUAG